AUGUCUGCCCGGCAAUACGAGUCGGUCGCUUCAGACGACAAGGCGGCCGACGAGUCUUCCACUUCGGCGCGCCUGACGCCGGACUCGGACUCGGAUGAUGUAAAUCUCGACCAAGUCGAAGCUGAAGAUGGGUACGAGUUGACGUCAAUGGGCAAGCAGAGCCCCAGACUGGAAGAGCACGCGACAGCUGGAGCUGAAGAGGACGACGACGAUGACCAGGCGCCGCUCGCUGGUGGACGGCGUAGAAGACAGAGCAGCGUCCAGUCCUUCGAGCUGUACACACCGCAUGAAGAACGACGUGUGAAGCGAAAGCUGGACAUUCGCCUGGUCCUUUUUGUCGCGCUGCUGUACAGCAUCUCGUUCCUUGAUCGCUCCAACGUCGGCCAGGCCAAGGUAGCUGGCCUCACACGCGACCUCAACUUGUCCGACGACCAAUUCGAAUGGUUGCUCACCGCCUUCUACAUCGCAUAUGUCUUAUUCGAGUGGAUGACCCUCUGCUACAAGAUCUUCCCACCGCACAUCUACAUCAGCUGCUGCGUAUGCGCAUGGGGUGUACUGGCCUCGCUGCAGUCGUUAAGCACAGGGUUCGCCUUCAUACUGAUCCUACGCGGAUUGCUAGGCAUUGGAGAGGCCGCCUUUGUUGGCAUACCGUUCUAUCUGUCCUUCUUCUUUCGCCGAGAUGAGCUGGCUUUUCGAACCGGUAUCUUCAUCGCAGCAGCCCCACUCGCAACCAGCUAUGCCAGCUUCCUUGCGUAUGUUAUUAUGUGGUUAGGCCAAUCCACUGGCAUUGCAAGUUGGAGGCUGCUCUUCCUUCUUGAAGGAUUCCCCGCCUGCCUUGUAGCAGUUUGGGCGUGGUAUUGGAUUCCUGACAAUCCAGCAACCGCUAGAUGGCUCACAGCCCGCGAGAAAAAAGUUGCGACGAUGAGGAUGCGGAAUGAGUCGGCGGUAGACAUGAAGUCGGAGAAAAGCAAUGCCCUCCAUACGAAUGUUCCACGACACAAGAGGAAGUUCAAGUGGGACGAAGUUCAACGCACACUCAUUGAUCCCAAAUCUUACCUCACCGCGGGCAUGUUCUUCUGCUGCAACGUCGCCUUUAGCAGCAUGCCGGUCUUUCUGCCCACCAUCGUUAACCAAAUGGGCUACACACGCCUCGCAUCGCAAGGACUCUCCGCACCGCCCUUCCUUUUCGCCUUCCUCGUCGUACUUCUUACGACUCUCGUCUCCGAUCGCAUCAAGUCUCGAAGCAUCCCAAUGAUAGUACUCGCCCUACUCGCGAUGAGUGGAUACGUUUUCCUCGCCGUGGCCGGUGCACUACAGGUUGGACACACAUUGCGCUAUCUUGCAGUAUUUCCCAUUUGCGCGGGCUUUUUCUCGGCUGUCGCCAUCGUCAUAACUUGGACAAUCAACAACCAGGCUAGCGAUGAAGGGAAAGGCACGGGCAUGGCGGUCUUGAACGUCAUCGGUCAGAUGGGGCCCUUGCUGGGCACCCGGCUCUAUCCUGACAGCGAUGCUCCUUACUUUGUAAAAGGCAUGAGCGUGUGUGCGGUAGCAAUGGCGCUUGUUGGCAUUCUAGCAUUUGUUUUGAGGUUGGUACUACAGAGAGAGAACGCAAGACGAAAGUCGAAGUGGAGGGGUGGUGUAGGUGAUGCUGGGAAGGAGUUUAUCUACAUUAUAUAA